CUCGGCAUUGGGGAAGCUGCCUACCCCACGAUUUUUGUCAAUAGGGCGUGAACUCAAACUGGACAUCAACAUUAAGCUUCCUCCCCGUUGCUGCUCACUUUUUUUAUACUCUUUUCAUCGCUUAAGAUCGAGUUGUAUUUGUAAGGAAAGAAAUUUAAUAAGUAGUUUCACAGUAUGUCGCCAUCUGAAGAGAUCAUCUUGUAUCAUUACACGUUCUCGCCAUAUGCUAGACGUAUAGUAUGGUACCUCAACCUCCGCAACAUCCCCUACACACAAUGCCUCCAACCCCCCAUCCUCCCUCGUCCCACCACGAAAUCAAUCGGGACCUCCUACCGACGGAUCCCCAUCCUCUCAAUCGGCAAAGACAUCUACCUCGACACACGGCUCAUCCUCCUCAAACUCAACACUCUCUUCCCGCCCUCCCCCUCUCUCCCCUCCCUCUCCAACACGUCUUUCAACAGAGGGCUAGAAAAGCUCUUCGAGUUCUGGACCGUGCAGGACCUGUUCGGGAGAGCGGCGGCGCUGAUCCCGAAUGAUAUGCCGUUGUUGAAGGACGAGAGGUUUAGGAGGGAUAGAGAGGAUUAUGUCGGUGUGAAGGGGGGGUAUGAUUUGGGGGUUAGGGAGAGGGCGAGGGGGGAGGCGUUGGUGGAGGUUAGAGGCGCAUUUGAGUUUUUGGAGAGUACGAUUUUGGAGGAUGGGAGGGAGUGGGUUUUGGGGAGUGGGGGGGGGCCGGGGAUGGCGGAUAUUGAGGCUAUCUGGCCCUUCCACUGGCUCACUACACUUAAAGGUGCUCUUCCCCCGGACCUCAUCCCACCUACCCAAUUCCCUAAAGUCUUUGCCUGGAUCUCUCGCUUCGACGCUGCGACCCGUGCUGCUGCUAAGAAAUCUGGUAAGCCAAAGACAAUCAAGGGAGACGAAGCUGUCACUAUCACUCGGAAGGCUGGGUUUGUGGAGGAGAGUAUCGGGGUUGAUGAGAGCGAUCCGAGUGGGUUGAAGUCUGGGGACUUGGUUGAGGUGUGGCCCACGGAUUCGGGGAGUAAGCACAGAGAUCAGGGGAGGCUGGUGGGGUUGAAUUGGAGGGAAGUGGUUGUUGAGACGGAGAACGGAGAGGUGGAGGGUGUGAGGGUUCAUGCGCCGAGGCAUGGUUUUAGGGUUAGGAGGGUUGACGGGGUUAAGUUGUGAGUGACGGCAAUUGGUUGGUGGUGAAGGGGGACAAGUUGUAUUAUGAAGGUAUGAUUGAUGAAGAGGGUGGUGAGAAGCGUGAGCAGGCCAUCUAUAGUGUAAAUACAGUAGCGAGUAGCUACGCUCAAUAUCCACGGCCAGUAUCAGAGCACAGUCAUGUCACAGUCAAUAUCAUGAAG